AACAACGUGUCAUAACGCAUGCGCGGGAUCUGUAGGAACAUCUCUAAAUUUGCAAGAAUUUACAGGACACAAUCUCGACAUGAGUUCCUCCGGGUUCCUGACCGACUUUCACAUUCCUCACCUUCCGCCGGGAGCAACCCCAAAUGCUCCUAUGGAUAUAGACCGGGACGAGUCCCCGCCGGCCCUGGCAAUCUCGGCAGGAAAUCGUCUGGUGGCACCUGGUAAACAAACGGGGAAAUCGGAUCCUGGUUCCAUAAAACCCAAGAAAAGAAAGGCUGAGCGGAUAGAGGAGAUUUCUUUGGAGGCGGACGGCAAGUUGGGCUUGUUUCCUGGACGCGAUGAGAGUUAUCCGGAAGAGCUUAACCGGCUGAUCGGACCACUAAACUGCGAGCUGUGCAAGGCUCAGAUGACCUCCAGGAAGUGCGCACGGGAUCAUUACGAAUCCAAGGCCCACGACCGGCACAUCAGCGACUGGCUGGCGAAGAACUACACGGAGGCGGGUCUGAAGCCUCCUGCAGUAAAACGACCGGCAAAGGGACCCACCGGCCCCAGCGCCUUCCAUUGCGAUCUGUGCGACCUGGACUUGAAUUCCUCCAAGCACGCCCGCCAGCACUAUUUGGGGCGAAAGCACAAGCUGGUGGAGCAGCGCAUCUCUAAGCCCUCAGGGAGCGGGCACUAUGACGAGUCCGGAAAGUGGGUGCGAGCGGGCAGCAAAGUGGAGGGAGGAGGAGUAAAUUCUUCUGAUGGACGGUACGGUAUCGGAAUUGAGUUCACCAAGACAGAGAGUUCUACAAAAGAAGCCCCCAAAGAGGAAGUUCCCCAAAAGGUUCUGAUCAAAUCGGACGACAAACAGCGCACUUGCACUCUAUGCAAUAUAGUGGUUACCUCGGCCCCCCAAAUGCAGAUGCACGUGGCAGGAGCUAGGCAUCAGAAGAACAUGAGAAAUGCUGUCCAGGAUCCGCCAGGAGAUGUCAGUCUUCCUGAGGCGCCGCUGCCUGUAGCCGAGAAACUAACUGCAGAGGAACUGGCCUUGUAUCGCACCCCGAUUGGUCAGUACUACUGCAAGCCCUGCAACAUGAUCAUGAACCAUGUGACCACUCUCCAGCAGCAUCUUGUCGGCAAGAAGCAUUUGAAGGCAAUAAAAAACUAUCCCCAAGACGAAAAGUCCGUCUAAAGAAUUAGUUUGAUAUAUUCUAGAUAAUAAAUCUUCAU